AUGAGUCCAAAGCCGCACGACUUUAUGGUCACGCUCAGGCGUCCAUCGCCGCAGGUCCCGUGGGGCAUUCGGCUCGUCGGUGGUACCGAUCUGAACGCACCACUUAUCAUCACACGGGUACAGGUCAACACUCCGGCCCAGCCGGAGCUGCUCCGUGGUGAUGUGAUUACCAAAAUCGACCAGUACGAUGCGCGAGACCUCACGCACAUUGAUGCGCAGAACCUGUUCCGUAAUGCCGGCAACCAGAUCAAGGUGACCGUGCGCCGCGAUGACAAGGUAGCACUGCACCAGAGCGCCCAUCCGAUCAAUGGCAAUCCGGUUGCACCGUUGACGCCCGCCAGCUUUGCGCAACCGUACCAACCGUUCGCGGAACCGGUACAGCCGGUCAAGCCGCAGCUACAUCAGAAUUUCCCACCACCGGAUCCAUCACAGCUCUUGCCGAGCAUUGCGACGUCCUUGCCACAUGGUCCGCAGUCGUAUGCGGCCGCACUGGAGCGUCCGGUUGAAACGUUGCCGCACACCGUGUUUCCCGGCGUGGACGAAACUGGAGCGUACCAUCUGCCCAAGCAGCCGUACCCACCACCGGCCCCGACCAGUCUGAACGAUGCCAACGAAGCGAUCACUAAUCAGCCGUACCGUACCACGCCACUAGUCCUGCCCGGUGCGAAAGUACCGAAGAAGGAUACGCUCCCGACAGAGUCGUACCUCAGACACCACCCGAACCCGGCCAUGCGCGCCCCGCCAGCACAUGACUACACAGACACACUGAUGAAACAGAAGCUCGCUGAAACUGUGAUUCAUCGAGUGAUUGGCGAAGAGCCACCGACCGGUCCGAAGGUCGUUCACAAGCAGUUCAACUCACCGAUCGGACUGUACUCGGACAGCAACAUUGAGAACACGAUCAGACAGAGUGCUCCACAGCAGACACAAACCGUUCCAUCGAACGGAUACACCAAUCGCCAUCGGCCAACGAAAAUUGAAGGCUACAAGAAAACCGUCGUGUUUGACCCAUGCAAAAGCGAAACGUACCGCGCGCUGCAGGAAGGAACCGGCGAAGGUCUGCAGGAGGUACCGAAUCCGAUUCAGCCGAAAACCUUCGCCCCGAACCGUUUAGUGCCUGGAAAGAAGCCAAACGCCAAUCAUCCUGCACCUCAGCCAGAGUUCGCGUACCGGGUCAACUCGAUGGGUGAACCGAACGAAAAGAUCCACCAGAGUGGAUCCUUCAAACGUUUGAUGCUACACGUCAUGAGUGAAAUGGACUAA